CGAGGCAGCGGCGCUGCCAGUUGGUAAGCUCAGCGCUUCCUCCCAGCGCGGUGCCUUUCCCCGCGGUGCCCAGGGAUGCUUCCCUGACACCUGCAUCCCCAGGCAGGUGACCCCGUGGUUCCAACCAUGGCUGCAGCCCCCGGAGGGAUUCCCACUGAGCUGCAAGAGAGCAUCACCACCUUCCUGGGGACAAAGAAGGUUCUCCUGGUGAUGAGCAUCCAGCUGCAGGUGAAAUCCAAGUAUGAUGACUAUAUCUUGGUGCUGACGCCCUGGCGAGCCUAUGUGCUGCUGGUGAUGCUGCCGGUGAGGAUUCACAGCACCUUCAGCUUCCUGGAGGUGAGGGAGAUGACAGUGCGAGAGCCCAGCUUGGUUGUCAUAGAAACAGAUGCAGCAUCUUACGCCUUCCGGUUCAUGUCCUUUGAUGAUUUGGAGCAAGUUGUCAUCCAUGUCACCAUGUCACUUAAGAAGGUCUUUCCAGACUCAUCUCCUGGGACGCUGCUCAGGAACUCCCCGCCCAACUUGUACGAGAGGAUCCGGCAGAUCACGGACUCGCUGGAGGAGAUGCUGCAGAGCAGCCCUGGGCCCUGCGGGGGGUUUUCGGAGACCUACGCUGCUUUAUGUGACUACAACGGCUUCGCCUUCCGUGAGGAGAUCCAGUGGGAUGUGGACAACAUCUACCACAGCCAGGACUGCCGUGAGUUCAACCUGCUGGACUUCAGCCACCUGGAGAGCCGAGAUGUGGCGCUGAGUGUCGCUGCGCUGUCCUUCAACCUGUGGUUCACCAAGGUCUCCUGCAAGGACUUCAGGCUGAACCAAGAAAUUUCGGAGCAGCUGCUCUACAUGCUCAGCAAAUCAGUGACGCUGGAGGAGCUGGUGCUGGAAAACAGCGGGGUGAAAGCUGACUUUGCACAGAGGAUGGCCCAGGCACUCAGCAACCACCCCGACUCUGUCUUGCACACUAUCAACCUUGCUGGCAACCAGCUGGAAGACAGAGGGAUCAUUGCCUUCAGCCAGUACGUGAAGAAGAGUCCCAAGGGUCUGCAGAGCCUCAGCUUGGCCAGGACGACGCUCACUGCCAGAGGUACAGCCCAGCAUCCCGCUCCCUGCCCAGGUGCCGCUGGGAGGCUGGGCACGGCAGCACUCGGGGCCAGGCUGGCACCAAAGGGGUGGCUGGAGGGGUUGCAGGGACACCCUGGAAAGGGCAUCUUCAAGGAUAGGGUGUCCUGCUGCCCCAGCUGUAGGAAAGUGUCCCUUUGUCUGCCCCAUGGUUCCCUCCAGUACAGGGGACCUGCAGACAUCCUCCUCUCUCCUGGGGCAGGUAUAAGCACGUUAUGCAGGGCUCUCACAGAUAACAAAGCCAUUGGCUCCUCCCUCCGGCACUUGGAUCUUUCUGGAAACCCUGGCACCCUGGCUGGCGGCGACAUCAGUAACCUGCAGAGCCUCCUCCGCCGGUGCCGCUCACUCUGCCACCUCAGCCUGGCCGGCACGGACUGCCCUUUGGAUGCUAUCUUUGGAGCCCUGGUCCAUGGGUGCCACACCAGCCUCGUUCAUCUGGAUCUCUCCAAAAAUGUGUACUCCCACAAGAGGGUGAAAACCAUCUCCCCUGACAUCAAGGAGUUUUUUGGGCAGGCCUGUGCCCUCAGCCACGUCUCCCUGGCAGGUACCAAGCUGCCAGCAGAUGCUGUAAGGGCAUUGUUGCAGGGGCUGGCAGACAACAGCCACAUCAGUGACCUGCACCUAGAUCUUAGCAACUGCGAGUUGAGAUCAGCGGGGGCCCAAGUCAUCCAGGAUCUCAUCCCUGAUGCUAGUUCCAUCAGUGACCUGGACUUGUCUGACAACGGCUUUGACCCUGACAUGGUGACACUGGUGCUUUCCAUCGGCAGAAGCAAGUCCAUUAGGCACAUCUCUCUGGGGAAGAACUUCAACAUCAAAUCCAAAGAGGGGCUGUUGGAUGUCCUGCACCGCAUUGUCCAGCUCACCCAGGAGGAUGACUGCCCUCUCCAGUCCCUGUCUGUGGCCGAAUCACGCCUCAAGCUGGGAACCAACGUCCUGCUGAGUGCCCUGGGCAGUAACACCAGCCUCAUUGCUCUGGACAUCAGUGGCAACGCCAUGGGGGACACGGGGGCCAAGAUGCUAGCCAAGGCCCUGCAGAUCAACACGAAGCUCAGGACUGUGGUUUGGGACAGGAACAACACAACUGCCCACGGGCUCCUGGAGGUGGCUCAGGCUUUGGAGAGGAAUUACACCCUCAAGUCGAUGCCUUUGCCGAUGAGCGAUGUGGUGCAGGCAUACCGCAGCAACCCUGAGAAAACGGAGGAGGCGGUGCACAAGCUCCAGUCCUGCCUAAUGAGGAACCAGCUGCGGCGCACGCUGCCCACGCAGACCUUCCGGCUGCAGCAGGGCAUCCUCACCACCUCUUCUGAACAGAUGGUGAAUGAGAUCUGCCUGAGCGUGCAGAAGCAUGUCGACAUCCUCAGCGCCUGCCCAGGCAGGGAGGCGGAGGCAGACAUCCUCUGCGCAGAGGAGGCCAUCAAGAAUGCCAACCUCUCCAUCAGCAUCCUGCCCCUCUUGUACGAAGCAGGAAACACCCCAUACCAGAAUGGCAAGCUGCAGCACAAGCUGGAGUGUCUCACAGAGGAAGCAUUGCAGACCUGCAGCCGGGAAAUCCAGGCGAUCAUGCAGGCAGUGCUGGACACAGCGCACAGCCUGUGCCCAGCUGUGGUGCAGAAGAGCGGGGUGAGGGACCAGCUGGUCAAUGCCAUGUCCGAGCGGAUUCACCUCCAGGACCACCUCAACCUCAGCACUGUCCUGGACCAGAUGGUCACUGAUGUCUUCAGCAAGCUGAACGAAAUCAAGUUGUCCGUCACAGCUGCCAUGGCUGACUGCAUCGUGGAUGUCGUGCUGGGAGACCUAACCAUUGCCCAGUGCAAACUGGUGGAGAGCCUCCCCAGGCAGGGGCUCGACCUCCCGGCACUGCUGCCGGAGCUGGCUGAGGAUGAUGCCGCUGCACCAGCGAGGGGCAGGAAUCCUCCGGACCUCGCCGCGGAGGAGUACAAGAUGGCCCUGCGGAGGAAAAAUAAGAAUUUCAGGAGCAUUCGGCCCACGCCAACUGUGAGAAGUGUCUCGGAGCUGGAGCCGGCGGGCCGGGAGGCGAGCGGGCUGCGGGCGCACCGGGCGCCGCCGUCACUCAGCCUCGCCGCGCCGCCGGCACGCCCUGCCCGCACAAAGGAUGCGGAGCCUGCGAGCCGCCCGCCGCCCGCCGCGCCCGCGCUCAUGGACCUGCCGACCGCCGGCCAGCGGCUGGAGCACUGCACCAAGGCCCGGCCCCGGCCCAACCGCCGCCACCGGCAGCCGCCCCGCAAGCCCAAUGUGCAGCCCGUGGCCUGCGAGAACAGUGAGGACAGGAGCAUCACCCGCGUGGAUGAGGGGCUGGAGGACUUCUUUGCCAAGAGGCUCAUCACAGAGGAACUGCCCCCCACUGCUCCGGAGACCUGCCCGGGAUCAGCCCCUCUGGCCACCUCUGGCUCCCACACCCUCAAGAAGAAAAUCGGGAAUUUUUUUGCCUUCAAGAAACCCAAAUCCAGCCGGGGCUCAAGGUGUGAGAAGGAGCCCGAGGGUGGACCUGCUGUCCCCAGGAGCAGGCGCUCGAUGCUCAGUGACAUUUUACGAGCCCCUAGCAAGGCGGGCGAGGCGGGCAAGCCGCUGAGUAAAUCGGAGGAGGGAGGACUCGCUGCCAAGCCACGGGCAGAGCCUGAGCACUGCCAGACCCCCGACUCUGCCCGCAGGAUCCGGCCCAAGUACUCACGGGAGGGCAAAUCCCAGUCACUCAUAUUGCUGUCCGGGGAGGAUGAGGAUGCGCUGGGCAUCAGGCAUGACAAAAAGAGGCACCUGGAGAAGAGCGAGGGGGAGCUGCCCGGCUCCUUCGAGCAGUGUGUGCAGGUCAUGCUCCACCGCAUCGGCGUCACCAAGGGCCCAGCCGCUGAGGGCAAGAAGCAGCAGAGCAAAGACAGCGAGAUCAAGAAAGCUGGCUCAGAUGGGGAUAUUGUGGACAGCUCUGCAGACUCUCCCCCCUCCCUGAAGGCUCGCACACACUCCGUAUCCACAGAUGCACCCUUCCGCAGCCCAGCCACCGCGAUGGAGCCCGGUGGUGGCACGGCUGAGCACCGGCCAGCCUGGAAAGCCCUGGGCUGGCAGCUGCCCACCGAGCCGCUGGGCACCAGCUCCGACCAGCCCCGCUGCCCCCUCCUCCUGGCCGAGCCCGGCGGGCUGCCGGAGCCAGGGGGCCGGCAGGGCUGGAGCAGCAGCCUGCCGCGGCCAGGGAGAAGCACAGCGGCAGUGCUGCCACGAAGGGUCAGCCAUGGUGGGGAGGUGGGUGCCGGCAGCGCCCUGGCCACCCCGCCUGAUACCGAAGACAACCGGCUGAUGCCACGGCUGGUGGCACCACGAGGGACCAGCCGCAGAGCUGUGUCUGUCCACGAGGAGCAGCUCAGGGAGCCCGAGUGCCUGGCAGCGCUGGGAAUGGGCACCAUCCCCCUGCGCCUGCGACGGUCGCCUGUGCUCAGGCGGAGGACCAAGCACAACUCCCUCCCUGAGCCAGAGGGUAAGCCCGGACUGUCUGCCCAUGCUGCAGGUGCCACACCGCAGGACUGGCCCUGUGCCAGGCUGGAGGAGCCGGAGGCUGGAGCAGAGACCGAUGGCGAGCGGCUGCAAGCCCUGGCACAAACUGUUGCAAAUGCACAAGGCUCAGCAGCCGUAGACCAAAGACACCCGGUGCCAGGCUGGGGGGAGCCAGCCCUGGGGCAGUGACACCCCUGCAUGCUGCUGCACUGCUCCCAAUAAAUCCCUGCAAGCAAGCGCACAGUGCCAGGGUGGUUGGCAGCUGGGGUGCAGAGAGCAGACGGGGCACAGGUCUGCUCCGUACCGGGCUGGCGUGGAUGCAGCCGCAGGGCCGGCUAAUGACAGCAUCACCCACCGUAUGGCCAGGCCACCAGCAUCACCCAGGAGGGCAGGGAUGCCCAGGGACUGUGCCAGAGCCCUCAGGAUGUGCCAAGUGGCAUCACCUUCCCUGGAUGGCAUCUGCCACUGCAGGCUGUGGAGCGGGGAAGCUGGUGAUUUUAGGCAGCAGCUGGGCAGGCAGCAGCAGUGCUGGCAGCCAGCCAUUUUUAGCAAGUGUUACCAGGGCCCAUUUACCACUCCAGCUCCUCACCCCACGGGGUACCGCCCUCUCCAGCCUCCCCUCCAAGUUGCAAGUUUCCAUCAGCAGGACCACGAGCCAUGCCAUUCCAGCAUGCAGCUCCCCAGCCGAGCUCCAGCCACGCCUGCCUCGCCCUCCCCGCAGCCUCCCCGCCAGCACCAGUGUUACCCCAACACCCAGCUUUCUCCUGCGUUGACCUCCGCUCCGGACCAAAUGCAUUCCUUACAUGGAUGUUUACAACAAAGCAGCAAGAUGCUUCUUUUUACUUUUUUUUUCUUCUUUUUUUUUUUUUAAUACAAGAGCUAUGUAUUUAAAAAAUACACAAUUUUUAUUUUUAACUUCUA